AUGGGUGUGCAAAUGAGCAGCAUGGUCUUUGCUGAGAUGCUACAGUCCACUGCCUCUGGACACGUAGCAUUCGCUAUCGGAGGUGCUGAGGGUUUGCGACUUCCAGCGUCGUGGCUGCGCAUUUCUUUGAGCCAGAUGACUUGGCCCCAUCGCUUAGCCCGGCUGCUGCUGCUGGAGCAAAUCUUCCGCUCCCGGGAAAUUUGGGCACAAUCUGGCUACCACAAGUAG